UAUGUUCCCUCCAAAUCCUUGCACACGGAUACACACGAAGAAAGCGUGAGACUGCGAGGGAUGGCUCAGUUCUGGAAGCCUGGUUCCGAUAGGCCUCGCCUUAUCGACGAUGAAGAAGGCGGAGUUCUCUUCUACGCUACCUCUUCCUCCACCUCCUCCGGAUUCGGUUAUUCGAGCAUCGAGAAGCAGAGGCAGAGGCUCCCAGUCUUUAAAUACCGUACUGCCAUUCUCUAUCUGGUUGAGACUCACGCCACCACCAUUAUUGUUGGCGAGACCGGUAGUGGUAAAACCACUCAGAUUCCUCAGUUCCUAAAAGAAGCAGGUUGGGCUGAGGGUGGAAGAGUUAUCGCUUGCACACAGCCAAGACGGUUGGCUGUCCAGGUUUCUUUUUCACUCUUGAUUUCUUGCUCUCCACAUAUGUUUAAACUGUUGUUAUGCUCUUAUGGCUACUAUCAGAAUUUAUCUUGUCCGUGGAACACUUAA